CUUGAAGGUACAAACUCACCUUCUCAAUCGUGCCACCUUCCCCGCGCCAUUCAAUCGCCUCCUUUGCCUUCUCAUAGCUUUGGUUCACCGGAAGAUUAAUUCUGACGCGCUUUUAGGACAUCGCUUGCAGCGAGAGAAGCGAGAGCGAGAGCGAGAGCGAGGGAGCAACUGAACAGCGAUCACAGGUAGCGAUGGUGUACAUCGAAAAUUGGGAAGACUUUCAGGAACGCGCUAUCGUGCUUUUCCGCUCCGAUCCUGUGGCUACGCGCUAUGUGAUGAAAUACAGGCAUUGUGAUGGCAAACUCGUUCUCAAAGUCACCGACGAUAAAGUGUGUCUAAAGUUCAAGACAGUACAUGCCCAGGAUAUAAGAAAGAUGGAGAAGCUCAACAACACGUUUUUUAGCAUGAUGGCCCGAGGGCCAGAUGUUGAGGUGCCAGAAGAUUUGCCGAAAGAACCAGUAGCUCCACCACCUUCAAGGAAGGGAAGAGGGCGGAGACAAUGAGGUCGUGAAUUCUAUAUUUAGUUCGAUAUUCCUCUGUACCAUGUUGAACGCAGUUUACUCCCCUCCUUUUUUCGGAGAGUAUGCUGAGAAAAUGUCAUCGUAUUCCUGGCAGCAGUUGCUUUGCAUAGAACUUGGUGAGCUAAAUUAUUGCUGUGUGAGAACUUGGUACCUACAUUACUCUACGAGAUCUUCUAUCACAUAUUUGCAUAUCCCCUUUUUUUCGCCCGUGUGAGAGCCUAGUAUUCCAACCUUGGUCAGAAGAUGGAUUUGGAAGAAGAAAUUAUGGAGGCUGUUGUUGCAAUUCUUUUAAGAGAGAAUCACGUUAUAUUACAGUCAAAAGUUUGUAAUGCUGAAGUUUCAUAUAAGUUUGUAGAAAGUCAAUCUUUGACCAA